GAACGGACGUGUUGGUGUGUUGCUGGUGCUCAUCUAAAGAAAAGCUUGUUUGUUUUUCUUUUCAGUGCGUCGGAAAUUUAUCGGCUGCAUUAAAACGCUUUUUGUUUCUUGGUGGGUUAGAUUGGAACGCACCGACAGAUUAAUUGUUUGCGAUAACGAUAGCCUCGCUUUCGAUGUACGACAAGCGCGGAUUAUGACUGAAUACUGGAGCUCGAACUAUGCAUCGAAGCGAGUGAUUUGAUUUGAUGGACAAAGCUUGAAAUUAAUUGAGCGGAUCUUAGUAUAAAAUGAAGUUCAAAGUACCGCGGCUGCAUGAGCGGCGACGCAACAAAAGAUAGAAGAAACGAUUGCAAUUUUGUCGCAGAAGAAAAGAAACGAAUACACGGAAAAAAUGAGCGAGUUGCAUUACUCGAUCGCCUGGCAGGUGAUCACCUUUCUAGAAAUCUACUACCUGCCGGUAUUAGUGGUACUUGGCUCGCUUGGCAAUUGUUUAUCGGUGUACGUGGUGUUCGCCAGCAAAAUGCGCCGAACGUCGUCGAGCUUUUAUCUGGCCGCACUGGCUGUCAGCGACACUGGCUUUCUGGCAUCAAUUUUCGUCGCUUGGCUUGGACUAUCUUGGACGAAUGUGCAGAUUAUGAAUAAACAGGGAUUCUGCCAGUUUUUCGUCUACCUGACCAAUGUCUGCAGCUUUCUUAGUGCUUGGUUCGUCGUAGCAUUCACAUUAGAGCGUUUUGUAGCGGUCUGCUACCCACUGCAUCGCCAAUGGAUCUGCACGGUAAAUCGCGCAAAACUACUCCUAAGUGGCGUCACGUUCGCCGGUUUAGUGUUGUGUAGUCCGGUGUUAGUGUACUCGGGUCCACGACUAAUGGACAAUACGACUCGCGAGCAAUGUCAUAUCGAGGAAGGUUGGGAUAGCGUAGCCAGCGCCGUCAAUUAUCUUGACACUAUUCUCACAUUCGCUCUGCCGUUCUGUAUUAUUUUCGUGCUAAACUCACUCAUUGUUAAAACUGUGUGGAGAGUCGACAGCGUGAGGACGUCGCUCAAAGCCUGCGGAUCCACGAGAGACUCGCCUCAACCGAUUCAUCAAUCCAAAGUCACCAAGAUGCUACUCAUCGUAUCGAGCGUCUUCUUCUGUCUGAACUUGCCUGCUUAUGCAAUGCGUGCUUACGCCUUUCUCCAGCCCGACAAUUCAGCAACGGAAUUGGAAGUGUUGAUCCAGCGAGCGUGUAAUCUACUUUUCAACACGAAUUUCGGCAUAAGCUUUGGCUUGUACUGCGCUAGUGGGCAAAACUUUCGUUUGGCUGUCCAACAUUUGUUCAGCUGUCGUAAACAUGCUACCAGUUCCAGCUUAUCAAAACGAUCGUCCACCGUCCAACAGGGUACGGAUACGAUAAGAAUAAUAGGCACAUCGUCAGUAGCCGAGCAGACAAUAGUCAUUAACAAACCGUGGAAGGAUUCAUUUCGAUUACGAAAUUAUUCUUGUCAUCGUGGAUCACCGCAAAGGGAACAGCAGAACAAGGAUAACAGUUACUGUGUGACAAAGCCUAAGAAGGAUCCUUACGACGUGAGACUGUAACGAAAGAAGAUUCGAUUUCCCGACGAGCUUGAGGCUACAUUGCAAACGGGAGAAUCGAAUGUCUGAUUGCUUUUUCUAUUCAACUCCACAUGCUUUCUUUAGAUUAGGAAGGCACAGUUGAAAAAUACAUUUGUCAGUCGAGUUUCAUUACCAAUACGUCUGAGAUAUAUCGACGUCGAGAAGUAAAUAUGAAAUGUAAAUGUCAUCGCGUGUGAAAAUAGCCGCCGCUACAAUUUGCAACUUGGAUAUUGCGUCGAAGCACAUAAAAGUAAUCAAUAAAACUGUUGAAAAAAAAGAAAAAUUCACAAAAUAGGAAUAUUACAUACAUUUAUCGCGUCAAUAAACUUUCUGAAUGUUAAACAAAUUCAAUAUAGAAAGGGAGUAAAUGUGUAUGAUAUUUUGCUCGUAGUUUGAAACACAAUGCGAGAAAAGGACUGUGUCUUUUCGUUCGUUUUUUAUGUUAGCUCGAUCUCAUAUUAUCCGUCUUUGUAUCUUAAUGGUAAAUGUAUACUAAUUGUGACUUGUGACUGAGUUUUAUUGUCGAUUAUGUUAUAUUUUUCUACUUUUUAUUGAAAUGUUAUGGAGAAUAUAUGAGAUUCUGUUCUGCAGUAUUAGUAUAUAAACUGAGCGAGUUGACAUGUUUUAAGAUAUGUGAUUAUAAAAUACUGUUAAUCAAUGUAAGCGAAUGUAAAGUGUCAAUUUAAAAUUAUCAUGUGUAACAAUUAUUUUAACCUCACAAAUUCAUGGCAUAACGGAAUUCCUCUGGAAAAUGUAAUGUUUGUUUUUUCUCUUCCCAUCCGUAUAAAAAUAUCUUUCUAUUUGUAACAGCUGUUUUGAAAUGAACCGCUUUCUUUAACGAUAGACACACUUUAAGAAUUUUCAAGCUCUCAAAAUAAAACAUUGCAGAGAAGACAUAUUAAAACUAGAAAAAAACAUAUCAUCUAGCUUCGUCAUUACCC